UUAUAGUACUAUAAUCGGUGUAUAAUAAACCUGAUAUUCUUAGUUAUUAUAGUGUUGUGUAGAUGAGAUACUAUUAAUUUAAAUGUUAAUAAAUUUAGGAAAAGAUUUUUUUAAUCGUUAUAUACUUAAAAAUGAGAGAAUUUUCUAUAUUAAUUUUUGGAAUCCGUUGAAAUCUUCUAUACACACUUGUAAUGUUAUAUUCUACCACGAUACGACUACAAAUGUUUCCGAAAAUCUCAGUUCUUCAGUGGAUUCCACUCGUAUUACAAACAUUUUGAGGAGUUUUAUCUCUUCGAAUUACGAUACUAAAGUUUUUAAUCAAAUAUUCACCCUCGAAAAAUCUGAUGAAAACACACAAACAACUGGCACACAUAUCACUAAUAAUAAAAACUCAUUAAAAGAAAAAAAACUAAAUAUUGACUCAUAUUUAACAAUUUUAGAGCUCUGUGACAAGCUUGGCGUGACUGAGUUGGAUUUGAUUUCGCCACUUUCAGUCAAUCUAAAUAAAUUACUCUGUAAACUAUUGGAAAAAUCAACAGAAACUGAAUUAUUUCAACACAAGAAAAAAGUUCUUGAGAUUUGUAAAAUAUAUAAUAAACUGAAGAUUUUAUACGAUCCAUUAUUUCUCACUAUUUCUAAAUACUAUUCAAAGCAUAUUCAAAAACUUGACUGGGAUGAGAUUGUUUUGGUACUUUUAUCUUUUUCUAUUCAGAGAUAUAACGAGCCUGAAAUUGUUAAAUCCAUUUAUAACAGAUUAUUGGAACAAGAUUUAGGUGAUUUGGAUCCUAGUUCUGCAGUAUCAUUAUACUCAAGUCUGGCAAACUUGGAGUAUCUUUCUCCAGAUAUAAAAUCAAAGCUUGAGUCGAAGUUCGUUAAGACAGGUGAAACCAUUAAUAAUUUCGAUCCAAAAUUGAAGGUUGAAAGUUUAAUAACAGUAGCAUACUCUAAUCUCUUGCUUGAAAGACCAACUGCUGAUGACUUGAAACUUGUUUUAUCGGCAUUAUCAACAAUUUCAAGGCUGGAAAAUGAAGAAACCCUGAGCUUGAACUCACUUAGGACUUUUACUGUUGCCGUAUCUUAUAUGAAGUGUUUACACAAAGAUUUAUACAAUUCACUUCCUGAAAGAGCUAGGGCAAGGAUAAUGGAAAUACUGUUGAAAUAUAAUGAGACAAAGAGAUUUAAGAGUUCAAUAUUCACAGACAAAGUGUCAGAACAUUUGAGGAGGAUGAGGAUCAGGUGUGAGACCAAUGUGUAUAAAAACGGAGUUUUGUUGGAUAUUUUGGAGUCUGACCAGAACUUGGUAUGGCUGUGUAAUUCAUACCACAGGUUCUACGCAACAACGUUUAACAUGACGGCGAACAGUAAACUGCUGACAAAAUUGAUAAAGGCGUUUGGAUACAAGGUUUCUAUUAUCAACUACUACCAAUGGGGAAGAAUGAAGUGCAAACGAACAAGAUUUACAUUCCUUAGAAUGGCGAGAUAUUAUGCACUAAAAGAUAGGAGAGAAUAUGACUCGAAGUAUUCUGGAUGGAGUCUCCCUUAUAUUUGGUGGAACUACGGAGACAGGGAUCGCCUACAUAUAUCACAUUAUGACCAUUUUAACCCUUGAAAUCUUUAAGAAAAGAUUCCACAACUGUUUUAAUAUUUUUUAAAAGUUUGAUAUGAAACAAUAGUUUAUUUUGUAUAUGGUUGGCACUGCCUCUGCUUGGAGUGUUGGAAUCCACAA